GCUCCGGCUCCGGCUCCCCUCCCGCCUCCUUUUGAACAGAUCCCGGGGCCGAGCCGCCGAAGGGGAUCCAUGAACGCAGCCCUCCCGCCGGGGCGAAGCAGAUCCGCCGCCACCCGGACGGCAACAUGCGUGUGGGAGACGUUAUUCUUCUCGUCGCCCUCUGUCUGGCUGCCGAUCCCGUGAAUGGGGGUGGGAAGAAAUUUUAUCACGGACCAUGCGGGGGGCGAGAUUGCAGCGAGGGCUGUCGAUGCUUUCCGGAGAAAGGUGCACGGGGUCAGCCGGGGCCCAUUGGAAACCACGGACAGAUGGGUGCUCUGGGUUUUACUGGGCCAGAGGGCUUGAGAGGUCAAAAGGGAGAAAAGGGGACAACAGGUGUUCCAGGAGCAGCUGGACUGAAAGGUGAUAAGGGACCGAUGGGGGUUCCUGGAUUUCAAGGAAUAUAUGGAGUUCCUGGACAUCCUGGCCAACCAGGGCCGAGAGGCCUGCCUGGCCUGGAUGGCUGUAAUGGUACGAUCGGGAGUCCGGGAGUCUCAGGAUCGGAUGGAUUUCCUGGCGUGCCGGGCCCACCGGGUGCACCUGGCCCAAAAGGUCCCAAAGGUGAGCCUGUUUUUGCCCACGGAACUUUUAAAGGAAUAAAGGGAGAAGAAGGCCUUCCAGGAUUGCAUGGUGCUCCUGGUCCUAAAGGUUUCGCAGGUCCACAAGGGUUUAUUGGCCCAGUUGGGCUACCUGGCUUUCAGGGACCCCCAGGCCCACCCGGACCACCAGGUCUCAUGGGUAACAGCGGCCUAGUUUUCCAGGGAGAAAAAGGAGAAAAAGGAGAUGUUGGGCUCCCAGGCCCUGCCGGCCCUCCGCCUUCCACUGGGAUAUUUGAAUUCUUGGGAUUCCCCAAAGGACAGCAAGGAGCAAAGGGCAUUCCAGGCCCCGAAGGAUUUCCUGGUCCCCAAGGGCUUCCUGGGCUUCCGGGUUUUGGAGGUUUUGGGGAGAAAGGAGAAAAGGGUGUGCCAGGGCUUCCAGGACCCAGGGGAGACAUGGGAUUGAAGGGAUUUGAUGGAAGCCCAGGCAGAAAGGGCCUGGAAGGUGAUGGAGGAUAUCCCGGGCGGGAUGGAUCGCCAGGAGGAAAGGGCGACUUUGGUGAUAUCGGUCCACCCGGUCCUACAAUUAUCAUUGACACGGAAGGCGCCGUGAUCUCAGGUCCUCCUGGAGAUACCGGGACAUCAGGAACCCCCGGCACGAGAGGUGAUGAAGGCAUCAGUGGUUUACCAGGCCUUCCUGGCCGACCGGGAUUGCCUGCACUCCCAGGUUCCCCAGGUCUUAUGGGAUUCCCAGGUGCCCUAGGACCUAAGGGUGAUGAUGGAGAUCAAGGCAGAACAGCAGUUGGAUACCCUGGCCCACCUGGCAGAGAUGGGGCUCCUGGUUUGCCAGGACCUCCAGGAUUACCUGGCCCAUCAGGAUCUGUAGAUAUGGCCGGAGCUAUCUUCAGUGGAGAACCUGGAGAGCCAGGGGUCUCUGGACCAAGAGGGACACCAGGGACCAUUGGUCUAAAAGGGUACAAAGGGGAAGGAGGCGCUUGCGCUUGUGACGGAGGAAUCACAGAAAACGGCUUGAGAGGGGAACCCGGCGCACAGGGUCAACCUGGAGCAUCAGGCAGUCCAGGCCCAAAAGGACCUUUGGGGGAUCUAGGAGACAGUCCACAAGGGCCGCCAGGAUCCCCGGGUUCGUUUGGCCAACCUGGUUUUCCAGGCCUCAAGGGAGAGAAAGGAGAAUCAUCUGUAGCCUCAGGCAGAGGCCUCCGAGGAGAUCCAGGGGAUGUAGGCUCCAGAGGUCCAUCAGGUGUCCCAGGAACCCGUGGCAGGGAUGGCAUGUCAGGUUUGCCAGGUCGACCUGGUCCUCCAGGCGAUAGUGGACUUGGCUUUCCAGGAGACAAAGGUUUGCCAGGAGUACCUGGUUCCAAGGGUCAGCGUGGGGCAACUGGCAUUCCUGGUGUGUCUUUCCCAGGCUCAAAUGGAGCUCGUGGGUCUGUAGGUGACCCAGGAAUCGAUGGGUUUCCAGGACAGCCAGGUCUACCAGGUCCUCCAGGUAUCACUUUGCCCUGUGUAAUUCCUGGAGCAUUUGGUCCACCCGGGCUUCCCGGAUCCACGGGAUUUCCAGGUUCCAGGGGGAGCAAGGGAUUUCCAGGCAUUCCAGGGCAGCCAGGAUUAAAUGGCUUCAAAGGACAGCCAGGCACGCCGGGACAAAUCGGAUUCCCAGGAAUGCCAGGCUUUCCUGGCGUUCGUGGAGAUCUAGGGCCGCAAGGACUUCCAGGACUCGAUGGGACAGAUGCUUUACAUGGGAAACCAGGUCUUCCUGGUUUGCCAGGUGCAAAGGGACUACUUGGGGAAGUGUUUGGAGCUGAACGCGGAGCUCCAGGAGAACCUGGUCAACCUGGAUUGGCAGGAGAUAAAGGCGUCAUUGGGGACGUUGGCCUUCCGGGACCUACAGGUUUGGAUGGAAGGCCAGGCCUGCCAGGCAUAAAAGGAAGUCGUGGGGACCCAGGGAUCCAGGGCCUUUAUGGACUGCCAGGACCUCCAGGGGCCGGAGGCCCAUUUGGCAUCAAAGGGAACCCAGGCCCAGUGGGAGCAAUCGGCUUCCCAGGAUCGCCAGGACUUCCUGGAGAAAAAGGCAGAAGCGGUGAUCCAGGUCCACCAGGCCCUGCUGGAAUGAAGGGCUUCCCCGGCCUCGAAGGUCUACCAGGACGUCCCGGAGAAGCAGGUCUUCCUGGACAACUCGGCCCCUUGGGUCCAGAUGGGAAACCAGGAUUCCCUGGAUCCAAAGGAGAAAAGGGCUCUUCAGGGAUGCUUGGAUUCCCCGGCAUGCCAGGCCUACCCGGAAUCCCCGGGGCGAAUGGGCCAAAAGGAGCUUCCGGUGCAUUGGGAAGAGAUGGGAGUGCUGGAUUUCCUGGACUCCUUGGCUUUAAAGGAGACCGAGGUAAUCCUGGUCCACCCGGGCCCCCUGUUUCCAGGCCUCCAGAACUGGAACUCAAGUUCAAAGGAAUCAAAGGUGAACCCGGCUCCAUCGGACGUGAAGGAUUUUCAGGACCUAGAGGGGAAAAGGGACGUCCCGGAAUCCCUGGACAACCUGGCCUCCCAGGUGCAACUGGGUUGCCGAGCAGAGAGAGAGGGCGGACUGGAGACCCCGGUCUGUCAGGGACCUUUGGUUCUCCCGGCUUCCUGGGACAGAAAGGCAUUGCGGGUAUCGCUGGGUUUCCAGGAAUGCCCGGCGGAAGUGGUGCUGAAGGUGUAUCAGGCUCACCUGGGCUCCCAGGGACCACGGGAUUGCGUGGUCCAAAAGGUGACCGAGGGGAAUCUCUUGGGAUCCCAGGUGGUGUAGGUGCUAAAGGAGAGCGAGGAGACCCUGGCCAUCCAGGUUUAAGAGGCCUGGAAGGACCAAAGGGUGAGCCAGGAUACCGUGGAAGUGAUGGGCAGAAUGGACAGAGAGGCCUGCCGGGGGACUUUGGCCAGGAUGGACCACCAGGUCUACCUGGCUUUGGUGCUCCAAAAGGUGACCCAGGUCUUCCAGGUAGGCCUGGUCAGCGAGGCCCUCCAGGAUCUCCCGGGCGUCCUGGCAUUGCAGGAAUAAAAGGGUACCCGGGCUUUCCAGGUCUGAAUGGCCUAAAUGGUUUACCAGGCACAAAGGGAUUACCUGGAACACCAGGCCUGAGCGAAAACGGACUUCCAGGCCCUGCAGGGCUGCCAGGUGCCAAAGGAGAGCCGGGCAUUCCAAGUUUUCAAAUUGGCUCCCCGGGGUUUCCUGGACAGAGGGGACUUGUAGGAGAUCCAGGACGUCCUGGAGCUCUUGGCCUGCCCGGUUUCCAAGGCCCUCCUGGCAUCUCUCUUCCAUCUAGGAUUCCUGGGAGACCAGGCGACGCUGGAUGGCCUGGAGAAAAUGGUAGACCAGGACUCCAAGGACCCCGCGGGCCACCAGGACCACCAGGCCCGGCCUCCAAUCAAGGUGAUACAGGCGCUCCCGGCUUCCCUGGUUCUCCUGGUUUGCGAGGCCUCAAAGGGGACGAAGGCAUUCCUGGGCUAAGUGGAAUCCCAGGUGCAUCUGGAUUCAAAGGCUCCAGAGGUGAUCCAGGCGUCAUGGGGAUGCCAGGUAAAGAUGGUCCCUUGGGCGAUCCAGGUUUCCCUGGCCCAAAAGGUGAAGCAGGCCAUCGAGGUUUCCCUGGGCUGCAAGGGAUUCCAGGCCUGACGCAGAUACCUGAAGAAAUUCGGGUUCCCCCCGGCUUACCCGGAUUGCCUGGCAUUGAUGGCAACCGUGGUUUGAAUGGAGAUCCCGGGCUCCGGGGGCUAGAUGGACGACAAGGCCCCAAAGGGGUAGCUGGGAGACCUGGCCAAAUGGGAACCAAUGGUUUUCCAGGCUCACCCGGUCUGGUAGGCGAUCCAGGGACUCCAGGUUAUCCGGGACCACUGGGAUUUGAAGGAACAUCCGGGAAGCCGGGGCCUGCCGGUUUGCCUGGGAUGCCAGGCCGCAGCGUCGGUGUCGGCUAUACCUUGGUGAAGCACAGCCAGUCGGAACAGAUUCCACCCUGCCCUGAAAGGAUGAACAAACUCUGGGAAGGCUACAGUCUGUUGUAUGUGGAGGGCCAGGAGAAGGCGCACAAUCAAGACCUUGGCUUUGCCGGUUCCUGCCUGCCUCGCUUCAGCACGAUGCCUUUUAUUUAUUGCAACAUCAACGAGGUGUGCUACUACGCCAGCCGCAACGAUAAAUCGUACUGGCUCUCCACCACUGCUCCCAUCCCCAUGAUGCCGGUCAGCAGCUACGAGAUCCCGCAGUACAUCAGCCGCUGCUCAGUGUGUGAAGCGCCUUCCCAGGCGGUGGCCAUCCACAGCCAAGACAUCACCAUCCCGCAGUGCCCCCGAGGCUGGCGAAGCCUUUGGAUUGGAUAUUCCUUCCUCAUGCACACGGCAGCUGGAGCAGAAGGGGGCGGACAGUCCCUCGUCUCCCCGGGUUCUUGCCUGGAGGAUUUCCGCGCCACCCCCUUCAUCGAAUGCAACGGGGCCCGAGGGACCUGCCACUACUUUUCAAACAAAUACAGCUUUUGGCUGACGACGGUGGAGCAGACCCAACCGUUCGCCGACGCCCCCAUCUCGGAAACGCUGAAAGCAGGGCAGCUCCGGACUCGGGUGGGCCGUUGCCAAGUCUGCAUGAAGAACUUGUAGCAGAGGCCAAAACCGGCCAGAGAUGUUGGACUUUUGAGGUCUUGUUUGGCUGGAGACCAAAGAACGUGUAACCUUCCCGGGCUGUGGUCAAUGCCCCCUGGAGCCCUUUUGUCUGAAUCCCAGAAUAUGGUGCUACGUUUCCUCUCUCGUUUUUGUAGUCAUGGCUACCUCAGAAAGUCUUUCGCUGCCUCCCCAGGUUUUAAUAGGAUAAGUUGACCUCUGAAGAAAAAAAAACUCUCAGUACCGUGGCUGUUAAGCACUGCUUCUCAUGUUAUGGAUCUAACAAAAAAGUCCACAAACGUUAUUAAGUUGCAAAGAAUUCCACAAACGUUACUGAGGCCUUUUCAUGGUUGCUAGCCUCCGGCAUGCACAUGUCUACGUUACAAUUUUAGUCACUUGUAUCAGGCCUGCUUUAAUAGUUUUAUUUUAGGCCUAAAAUACUUUAGAGUUGCCAUGCUUGUUCUCCUAGAGGUAAUUCUGCUCGCCACAGGCAAGUGGCUGCUUAUAAGCAUGAUUCUGGGGGUACAAAACACACCCGCACACCUAUACUGUUCAGCUCCAUGGAAAGGGAAUCUUAUUCAGUCAAAGGGCUACAUGCCACAUUCACGGACAAGUGAAUGGAGCACAUGUCUCAAACAUCAUCAGGAAAACACAUUUGUGCUCGUAACCCACAUGAGCAGGCCCAAGGCUGGUGCAGGAAUAAAAUGUGCACCUUUGUGACAGGAACCAUCCGGUUGAUCCGAGACAAGCUCUAACUAUGUACAAAUCAACCAUUACAUCUGAAAUGGUAAGUGAAAAGGGGUGUAGAAUCGUAGAGUUGGAAGGGGUCUACAAGGCCAUUGAGUCCAACCCCCUGCUCAAUGUGGGAAUCCACCCUAAAACAUCCCUGACAGAUGGUUGUCCAGCUGCUUCUUGAAGGCCUCUAAUGUGGGAGAGCCCACAACCUCCCUAGGUAACUGAUUCCAUUGUCGUACUGCUCUAACAGUCAGGAAGUUGUUCCUGAUGUCCAGCCAGAAUCUGGCUCCCUGUAACUUGAGCCCAUUAUUCCAUGUCCUGCACUCUGGGAUGAUCGAGAAGAGACCCCUGAUCAUCCUCGUUCUCCAUCCUUUCUUGAGUGGUGGACAAUGACAUUCUCGAGCGAAAGCAGAAUGCUCUUGGCCCUGUUUAGGAAAGUGUUCAGAGGAGGGCGCCGAGGAUGAUCAGGGGUCUGGAAACAAAGCCCUAUG